UGCGGUGAUGUGUUUAGCGUAGAUCAUUCACAGCAGCACUUCCCCGCCAUGAAAGCGCUAUAAAGUGUGGGGGACACGGCACCUGCACUUGUCAGUACUCCGCACUUUUAACGGGUUACAUCACCAGUGCUUCACCCGCCAACCUUGUUGUUUCGGAUCACCAUCGGUUAUUGUUUUUUUCUCCUCGUUUUCUAAUUCUUUUGUGUUUGAAACUUGAAGCAAUGGCCCGAAAGAUAAUACCAAUAGAUGGUCCAGGAAACCCGCCCAUCGGAGGACCGCCCGGACGACACCAAGUUCCGAAUGUCAAGCCAUGGAAGCUGCCUCGACAAAAGACAUAUGUUUUCACAAACGCGAAUAUUGUAGACACUGAGAAUGGAGCCAUCAUCGAAAAUCAGGACCUCCAUACUGCUGACGGCAUUAUCACUGCCAUUGGAAAAGACUUGCCCGUCUGGGCUAAAGACACCAUUGUCGACUUGAAGGGUCGUUAUAUAUGCCCGGGCCUCAUCGACUGCCACGUUCACUUGACAGCUGUUGCGGGCGAGGCAGGUCUAGGUUCGCAGCUUUCAGAGUCCGACGUUGCUGUUUCGUACUUUCGACAGCCCUUCCUCUGCAAUCAGAUUCUAAGUCGAGGCUUCACGACAGUUCGGGAUACCGGUGGUGCAACGCUAGCACUUAAAGAGGCCAUCGCAGACGACGUAUUCCCCGGACCACGGCUCUUCAUUGCUAAUAAAGCCCUUUCGCAGACUGGUGGACACGGUGAUGAUCGUGGCCAGCACGACAACUCGAAAUGCUGCGGCGGGUCUGGCAGCUUGUCUACGGUUGUUGAUGGCGUUCCAGCUUGUCUGACCCAAGCAAGAGAACAGAUGCGCACCGGGGCCGACUUCAUCAAGAUUAUGGUGGGCGGCGGCGUUGCCUCUCCUGCCGAUAAGCUGGAAAAUACACAGUUCACUGCAGAUGAGAUCCGCGCCAUCGUAGACGUCGCAGAGAGCUAUGGCACAUAUGUAACGGCACACGCUUAUACGCCAAAGGCGAUUAGACACGCUGUGGAUAAUGGCGUGAAGGGUAUUGAGCACGGCAACCUGAUAGAUGCAGACACUGCCAAGUACCUCGCUGAGAAGAACAUAUCGCUCACCCCGACCUUAGUUACCUACCAGGCCAUGGGCGAAGACAAGUAUAGAGAUUUUCUGCCACCUGCCAAUCAGGACAAGAAUCAACAGGUGCUGCAACGAGGGCUGGUUUCUUUGAAACUUGCCCAUGAUGCGGGUGUCACUCUCUGUCAUGGUUCUGAUUUGCUUGGGCCAUUACAUGAAGAGCAGAGCCGUGAAUUUGGUAUCCGCUCCCAAGUGCUUAGCAACAAGGUUGUACUUCAGGGUGCUACGGUCAACGCAGCGCGAAUGCUUCGACAAGACAAGUUUUUGGGACAGGUCAAGGUGGACUUUGCAGCAGAUCUGCUGAUCUUAGAUAAGAAUCCUUUGGAAGAUGUUUCCAUUUUCGACGAUCCAAGAAGCAACGUACUAGCUGUCUUGAAGAAUGGCAGAGUGUACAAGAGUCGAUGGGGAGGGUUGAAGGAGGACAUUGACCGACGAGAUGACGUUGCUCGGUAGUUAAGAAGGAUGUACCAAGAGACUGCGCAAAUAGUAAGAUUACGAAUGCAUUAUUUCGGCCGCUGGUUUGUGAAAAAGUUCUUUUGCUCUUAUAAUUUUCACAAAGAAUUUCUGCCUUAAUAUAG